CUGUCCCCGCCCCUUCCGGGAGCGGCUCGGAAGCGGCGGGGCGGAAGCGGCCGCGGUGGGCCGAGGCGGGGGCGGAUGAGGCGGGCGGCGGGGCGGCAGGGCCCCCGCGGGAGGCCGGCAGUACCCCAAGUGUGACCAUAAAAUAUGAUUCUUUGCCUGCUGCAUGAAACUUCUUAAGUACUACUUUUGCCAUUUGGUCACUGGCUUCAACUACAAUGCAACAAGCUUUAGAACUGGCAUUGGAUCGUGCAGAGUAUAUCAUUGAAAGUGCCCGUCAGAGACCUCCCAAAAGAAAAUAUUUAUCCAGUGGAAGAAAAUCUGUAUUUCAAAAACUCUAUGAUUUAUAUAUAGAAGAAUGUGAAAAAGAGCCUGAGAUAAAGAAGCUGAGGCGAAAUGUGAAUUUACUUGAGAAGCUGGUUAUGCAGGAGACGUUGUCAUGUCUGGUAGUGAACCUCUAUCCAGGAAAUGAGGGUUAUUCACUUAUGCUCAGGGGAAAAAAUGGUUCAGAUUCUGAGACCAUUCGGCUGCCUUAUGAGGAAGGAGAGCUGCUUGAAUAUUUGGAUGCAGAGGAACUACCACCUAUUUUGGUUGAUCUUUUAGAAAAAUCUCAGGUUAAUAUUUUUCAUUGUGGAUGUGUCAUAGCAGAAAUACGUGACUAUAGGCAGUCUGGUAACAUGAAAUCUCCAACAUACCAAAGCAAGCACAUUCUUUUGCGUCCUACAAUGCAGACUUUAAUUUGUGAUGUGCAUUCUAUAACAAGUGACAACCACAAAUGGACACAGGAGGACAAACUCCUACUUGAGAGCCAACUUAUUCUGGCUACAGCAGAGCCUUUGUGUCUUGAUCCUUCAAUAGCAGUGACCUGUACUACAAACAGACUCCUGUACAACAAGCAGAAGAUGAAUACUCGCCCCAUGAAACGGUGCUUCAAAAGGUACUCAAGGUCGUCUCUGAACAGACAGCAGGAAGUAGCUCACUAUUCAACUCCACCUCAGCUCAGACUACUUGACUACUUACAGAAAAGAAAGGAGAGGAAAGGAGCCCAGCAGUAUGACCUCAAAAUUUCUAAAGCUGGAAAUUGCGUAGAUAUGUGGAAACAGAACCCUUGCUACUUGACUGCACCUUCUGAAGUGGAUGUGGAAAAAUAUGCCAAAGUGGAAAAGUCUAUCAAGCCUGAUGACUCUCAACCAACUGUCUGGCCAGCACAUGAAAUAAAAGAUGAUUAUGUGUUUGAAUGUGAAGUUGGUAAUCAGCUUCAAAAAACAAAACUGACCAUUUUUCAGUCUCUUGGCAAUCCCUUGUACUAUGGUAAAAUUCAGACACUCAAAGGUGAUGAAGAAAAUGACAACCUAUUAACUCCAUCACAGUUCCUUAUUGGUUCGAGGACUGAUGCUGAAAGAGUGGUGAACCAGUAUCAGGAGUUAGUACAAAGUGAAGCUAAAUGUCCUGUGAAAAUGUUUCAUAAUUCAGGUGGAUCAGUCAAUCUUAGUCAUCUUUCUCCAGGGAAGGAAAUGGAACAGCCAGAAAGUAUAUCAGGCUCUGUUCAGUCUUCAGUAUUGGGGAAAGGUGUAAAACACCGACCUCCUCCAAUCAAAUUACCUUCAAGUUCAGGAAGUAGCUCUUCAGGUAAUAUUUUUAGUCCACAACAGUCAAGUGGCCAUCUAAAAUCCCCAACUCCUCCUCCUCCUCCUCCUUCCUCUAAGCCUCCUGGUCUUUCUCGGAAACAAUCUAUGGAUCUUAAUCAAGUUAGCAUGCUCUCUCCAGCUGCCAUGUCUCCUGCGAGCUCUUCACAAAGGUCUGGAACUCCUAAACCAUCUACUCCUACUCCAACCAACACCCCUUCAUCGACCCCACACCCUCCUGAUGCUCAGAGCUCAACUCCUAUUACCCCUUCUGCCACCCCUACUCCCCAAGAUUCAGGCUUCACCCCUCAGCCCACUUUGUUAACCCCGUUUGCUCAGCAGCAAAUGUCUCUGAGCCAGGCACUGCCUGUAAUGACUAUUCCUCUUUCCACCAUGGUAACAUCCAUUACUACAGGAACAACCUCCACCCAGGUCAUGGCAAACCCUGCAGGACUUAACUUCAUCAAUGUAGUGGGCUCUGUGUGUGGAGCACAGACACUGAUGAGUGGUUCAAACCCUAUGUUGGGGUGCAACACUGGUGCCAUAGCCCCUGCAGGUAUAAAUCUGAGUGGCAUUUUACCAUCAGGUCUGGUACCAAGUGCGCUGCCUGCUGCAAUGCAGUCUGCCUCUCAAGCAGGCAGCCCCUUUGGUUUGAAAAAUGCAUCAAAUCUUCGGCCCUUAAAUCUUCUACAGCUUCCAGGUGGUUCAUGUAUUUUUAACCCACUCCAGCAGGAGCAGCAGCUGUCACAGUUUCCUCCACAGCAACAAUCUCAGCAGCCUACAACCUGUAGUCCUCAGCAACAGGGAGAACAGGGGUCUGACCAAGGUCCAUCCAAUCAAGAUCAGGCAUUAUCUGCCCAACAAGCUGCUGUAAUUAACCUGACUGGAGUAGGGAAUUUUAUGCAACCUCAAGCCACAGUGUUGUCUCAGCUUGGCUCUGCCGUGAACAGACCUGGGCAAAGCCUUCCUCAGCAGAGACUCCAGCUCUCUUCUGCCUUACAACAGCAACAACAACAAGCCUUGCAGCAGCAGCAGCAACAGAUACAACAGUUGCGAUUCUUGCAGCAUCAAAUGGCUAUGGCGGCAGCAGCAGCAGCACAAGCAGCUCACCUGCGUCAUCAACAGCAUUCAGGCAGCCACUCAAAAAGUAAAAGAAAAAGAGGCACACCAGCCCCUCCAAACUCCUGAGACUUGCUUCCCACCAACCCACAAAAUUGAUUUUUUUUUUUUCAGAUUAAAAAGGAGAAAGCUUAACAUCAAAUCAGUGUUUUAUAUUACUGGUGGGGAAAAUGAACCUUUGACAUUACACUGAAAUAAAUGAACUGGUUCUGGAAGCCAACCCUACAGAACUUAGAGAUUUCGUCUGUAAAGCAGCUAGGGUCUGGUUUCCUUAAGUUAAAUUUUUUUAACAGAAUGUUUUAUCUUGUAUUUUUUACCACUCAGCAGCAUUGUACAUAGUAUAAGGGUGAAAAACAUUUUAGAAAAAAUGAGCUUUGUAAAUGUAGUACUGGUAUUUGUUUAUUUAGUAUAAAAGGUUUGUGAACACUGUAACAAAUACAAUUUUUACAAAUCCA